CACAACCAUGACGUAGAUACCGCUGUGCAAACAGAUCGUACGCCGGGAUGCCUCCCUCUGCCGGUCCGAGCUGUAUUAAUCAUCCAAGACCCCCAAUUAAUCCUGUUUUCCUGUUUUCUCCAGCCAGCACUCACCCAAUUCUACUUCCAUGUCACCAAUCCCCAACAGCACUCUUCUCUUUAACGAAAUUCCUGAAGGUUACCCAGAACCAGGGAAAACGACGAUUUAUGACACGACACAGACAAUCGAUCUAGAAAAUGUUCCAUUGAAUGGGGGGAUUUUGAUCAAGACCCUCGUGCUAUCAGUUGAUCCGUAUCUACGAGGCAAAAUGCGUGAUCCCGCUAUAGAGUCGUAUUCCGCGGCAUUCCACAUAGGCCAGCCACUGACCAACCAUGGAGUGGGCUUGGUAUUGCGUUCCGAGAAUCCGAACAUCAAAGCUGGAAAACAUAUCACCGGAGUCAUCAAUUUUCAGCAAUACAGUGUCAUUACCGACCUGAAGCUUGCAAAGGCCAGGGUUAUAACUAAGACAGAAGAAUCUAUCCCAUGGUCAGCUUACGUCGGAGUACUGGGCAUGCCAGGUAAAACGGCUUUCUACGCGUGGAGAGAAUAUUCCAAAGCGAAGAAGGGCGAAGUCGCAUUCGUUAGUUCCGGAGCGGGUGCCGUUGGAAGCCUGGUUAUCCAACUCGCAAAGCUCGACGGGCUUAAAGUCAUCGCUUCUGCUGGUUCAGAUGAAAAAGUCGAAUCCAUGAAACAGCUCGGUGCAGACAUUGCCUUCAACUACAAGAAAGUUGAUACCGUUUCAGUCCUGAAAAAGGAGGGCCCCAUCGAUGUAUAUUGGGAUAACGUCGGUGGCGCGACCCUUGAUGCCGCCUUUGGCUCUGCUAAUAGGCGCGCUCGAUUCCUGGAAUGCGGUAUGAUAACCACAUACAAUUCCAAAGAGGGGUAUCCGUUCAAGAACAUCUUCGAGAUUGUCUCUAAGCGUCUCACUAUUAACGGUUUCAUCGAAGGGGACUUGACGGAGAAGUGGCAAGACGAGUUCUACCGUGUCGUUUCAAAGAAGGUUGCGUCGGGGGAGUUUAAGUACUCCGAAGAUAUCACCAACGGGCUUGAACACGCUGGGGAGGCCAUCAGACGCAUCCAGACAGGACAAAAUGUUGCUAAAAGUGUCAUCCUAGUCGCUGAAGAUAAGCUAUAAAAAACCCAGAGUUGCAGCGCAUUUGUAGUAUACACACAAUCACAUUUAUCCAUGACAGUAGCAAUUUGAUAGCAAUCACAAAGAGGCCGAAAUUGAUGUUAAAGAGGAUGCAGUGAAAGAAGAAGCAUGGU